CGCGGCUCCCGGCGGCCCGCGAGGCUCCUGCUGCAGGUCGCGGCGGACGUCUGAGGUGCGGGCGCGGCGCGAGGAUGGAGCCGCUGAAGGUGGAAAAGUUCACGACCGCCGACAAGGGGAACGGGCUGCGCGCCGUGGACCCGCUGCGCCCCGGAGAGCUGCUGUUCCGCUCGGAUCCCUUGGCGUACACGGUGUGCAAGGGGAGUCGUGGCGUCGUGUGCGACCGCUGCCUGCUCGGCUGGCCGGUACAGGGAUCGAACCCUGGACCUCUGUAUUAUCAGAAGGAAAAGCUGAUGCGAUGCUCUCAAUGCCGAGUUGCUAAAUACUGUAGUGCUAAGUGUCAGAAAAAAGCUUGGCAGGACCACAAGCGGGAAUGCAAAUGCCUUAAAAGCUGCAAACCCAGAUAUCCUCCAGACUCAGUCCGACUUCUCGGCAGAGUUGUCUUCAAACUUAUGGAAGAAAUGCCCUCAGAAUCGGAGAAACUUUACUCAUUUUAUGAUCUGGAGUCAAAUAUUAACAAACUGAGUGAAGAUAAGAAAGAAGGCCUCAGGCAACUUGUCAUGACAUUUCAACAUUUCAUGCGAGAAGAAAUACAGGAUACGUCUCAGAUACCAUCUUCCUUUGACAUUUUUGAAGCCUUCGCAAAAGUGAUCUGCAACUCUUUCACCAUCUGUAAUGCGGAGAUGCAAGAAGUUGGUGUUGGCCUAUAUCCUAGCAUGUCUUUGCUUAAUCACAGCUGCGACCCCAACUGUUCAAUCGUGUUCAACGGGCCCCACCUCUUAUUGCGUGCAGUCCGAGACAUCGAGGUGGGAGAGGAGCUCACCAUCUGCUACCUGGAUGUGCUGAUGACCAGCAAGGAGCGCAGGAAGCAGCUGAGGGACCAGUACUGCUUUGAGUGUGACUGCGUCCGAUGCCAAACCCAAGACAAGGAUGCCGAUAUGCUAACGGGUGAUGAGAAAGUGUGGAAGGAAGUUCAAGAAUCUCUGAAGAAAAUCGAGGAACUGAAGGCGCAUUGGAAGUGGGAACAGGUCCUGGCCAUGUGUCAGACAAUCAUAAGCAGCAACUCCGAACGGCUUCCUGAUAUCAACAUCUACCAGCUAAAGGUGCUGGACUGCGCCAUGGACGCCUGCAUCCACCUCGGGCUGCUGGAGGAGGCGCUGUUCUAUGGCAUUCGGACCAUGGAGCCGUACAGGAUUUUCUUCCCAGGGAGCCAUCCCGUGAGAGGUGUGCAGGUCAUGAAGGUGGGCAAACUGCAGCUGCAUCAAGGCAUGUUUCCCCAGGCCAUGAAGAAUCUCAGACUGGCUUUUGAUAUUAUGAGAGUGACACACGGCAGAGAGCACAGCCUGAUUGAAGAUCUGAUUCUACUCCUAGAAGAAUGCGAUGCCAACAUAAGGGCACCCUGAGACAACCCAGUGAGAGGGAAGGGCGGCCUGUUCCUUUACUGAACGCCUUAUUGAAGUCACACUCUCUACACUUUGCUGUGUGAGCCUCCCCUGUUGGAAAUGGUAUUCUGUUUAUGUAGGUAAAUAAAGGCAGACAUACAGUUUGCAAACCACAAGAAUCAUUAGUUGUAGAGAAGCAUGAUUAUAAUAAAUACAAGAAAUUUGGUUGAAAA